GUCGAGGUGGAAACCGAAAUUACUUUAAAACUAAUUUGUAUGAGAUAAUAUAGACGUAGCUAUAUAGUUAAAGACGGUUUUUAAUUAUUGUUCAUUUAUUGUAGUUUUUUUCUUCUACGCCAGCGCUCCAUUACAGCUGGUGGCGGUGUCAUGCGCCAACAGAACAUACCAACCGCGAUUAAACAGAGAAGAAGAAGAAGAAGAAAACGAAGCGGAAACCGGAAGUGUUGAGGCGGAAAGCGGGAUGGCGGAGGACGAGGCCGCAGGCCAGGCCGAUCGGUCCGAGCAGCUCUCCGCGGAGGACUAUGCGGCCGAGGCCAUGGCCGCCGACAUGGACCCCUGGAUCAUAUUCGACGCGCGCAAAACGCCGCGGGCCGAGUUCAGCGGCUGGCUGGAGUCCAACAGGCCGUCGCAGGUCAGCCGCUACGGAGACGGCGAGGGCGGCACGGGCCCGGUGGGCUGGAUCGCCAUACGCGGGCCGCACUUCUGCGCGGAGGCGGGGGACGUGGAGGGCUUGCAGGAGAGCUGGGAAACGCUGCUGGACAGCGGCCGGAGCGUCACCUUCCACACCAUCCGCGAGCUGGCGCUCAACCACGGCGUCCUGCACGGGAAGUGGCUCAUGCACCUGGACACGGGCUUCAAGGUGGACCGCGCCUGGGAGUGCAUCGCCAGAGCCGCGCUGGACGGCAAGAUCUCCUCGGCCAAGGUGAGUCCCCGAGACCCGCGCUCCAACUCCAGACACGUCAUCUGCGUGUACAACCAGAACUUCACCGACGAGGAGCAGGUGAUGCGGCUGGAUGCCACCAUCCGCGCCGCCGGGGUCAAGUGUGUGCUGUACUACAAGCCCGACGUCUACACGUACCUGGGAAUCUACCGCAACAACCGCUGGAAGAUCUGUCCCACCGUCUACGAGAGCAUGUUCGACUUGGAGAGCGUCCCGCGCCGCUCGCACAUCGUCAACAAGGUCACCAACCUGGAGGUCACCUAGCCAAACCUUACGACUCUUUUGUUUUCCUUUACGAAACGUUGACGAUUUCUGUUUCAUUACGUGGAAAUGACAAUGGCAGGAACGCCAGAACUGCAUGUGAAUACAGCCGAAAUGUUGAAGGGCUUCACUUUGUGUUAUUCUUUUAAAACUUGUUUUGUUUUUUAUAUUUAAUGAGGUUUCAUUCGGUUCGUUUGUUCUUUUUGCCAAAUAAACAACCAGGAGAUUUUCA